AUGGUUUUGAACAACUUUAAGUCGUAUUUUGAUAAAAUUGAAAUAGGCCCCUUUCACAAGUCAUUUUCUGCGAUUGUCGGACCAAAUGGUUCUGAAAAAUCUAAUGUAAUAGACGCGCUUUUAUUUGUAUCUGGAUAUCGUGCAAAUAAAAUGAGGCAAGGAAAAUUAUCAGAGCUUAUUCAUUCAUCACGAGGAUGUGACAUUUUGAAGGAAUCCUUGAUAUG